AUGAGUGCGAUCCAGCUGUGUGAGCCGGCCUUUGAGAUUGGCUGCAUGAGCGAGCUGGCGCAGGACUUUGUGCGCUCCUGCCUGGCCAAGCGGCCCUCGGACCGCCCCAGCAUUGCGGAGCUGCUGCGGCACCCCUGGAUCCGCUCUUAUAUGCGCCGGCGCUCCGGGCGGGUGGACGGGCACCGCCGCUCGGUUGAGACCGUACGACUUCCGACCGGGAAGUUCACAGACGUCUUCGCCUCCCGGGUGCAGCCGCCGCCUGCGGCCGCCGCCACAGUUGCCCCGGCCGAUGACGGGCCCCCUUUGCGCCCCGGCGGCCCUGCAGCUGCAUAUAUGUUAAACGCGCCGUCGCAGCCUGGGUCCCUGACGUCGGCAGACCCCGGCGCCGCCCAGGCCACAGGCAGCAAGGGCGCGCGGUGGGCGCUGGCGUCCCUGUCCAUGAGGCGCGUCCCGUCCAUCGCGCUGGACAGAGGGCCUGAUGCGCCGGCCUCCCCGAGCGUGCUCGGCGGCGGCCCUGGCGGCGGCGAGGGCCGGGCCGCGCCCGGAUUCGGCGCCUCCAUGGGGCGGCACGACGCGUUGGAAGACGGCAGCCUCACGGCGGCGCUUCUGGCGGCGGGCGCGAUAAAGCUGGCGCCCCUGGCCAACCGCGGCGGCAGCCCUACGGGCGGCGGACCCUGA